GAUUCCAUUAGUUUGUGUUGUUGUGAAGAACUCGGCCAUCUUGGACUGCUAUCGAAGAAUGUGAAGGAUAAAAUGACUUCUGUCAGUGCAUUGCGGAGGGUUUGGAUGCGAUAAUGUCUUUUUCGUGGGAUUUGGUGGACACUACAGUGUCUUGAAAGAAGCAGACUUGUUUUACGACGUUAUUUACCAUACAAUUUUAGAAGUGUUACAGGUUAGAUGGCUGGCAAAGUCGCCAAGGCCCACGUUACCAAAUUCCCGGUCCAUGAAUUUAAUAAUGCCUCUUAUUUAGAAUCAAACCAACCAGGGGUCUGGACUAUGGAACAGAAUGAAGUUCUCAACCAGCUUAGAGAAGAGAGCUUCAAAAGACGAGUUGAAAUACUCGAGCAAUUGCUUAUUACAGUCCGGAGAAAUGGUGGCAGACUUCCCUACAAUGACCCAAAAGCGAUUUUCAAUGGACUAUCACUUGCUUUAUCCGACACAAAUUGGGACGUCAGACUGAAAUGCAUCCAGCUGAUCAAUGAAGUAAUACCCCAGUUUGGAGAUGACCUAGAUACUUGCAUGAAUGUCAUUCUUGGCAAACUGAUUCCAAACAUAGGAGAAAGUAAAAUCACUGUGAGAAGAGCUGUGAUACAGACUUUGCAUGUGUAUAUGAAGUACACAAAUAAUGUGCAGGUGUUGCUUAAAGCUAUUGUUCAACAUGGUUUGGAAAACGGUGAUCCUCGUGUUCGAAAGGAGACUGUCAUUUCAUUACCAAUGCUGUUCACUCCAGAGUUCCAGAGAGAGAAUUUCUUUGAAAUCACACAGUCGUUGGCAAAGAAGCUCCUGGACAACUCAGUGGAGGACAAUAUCCGUGAAUGUGCAUUAACCACAAUGGAUAAAAUCAAGAAUCUUGUGGGAGAGAGAGAGUUUGGUGUUUACAUUCAGAAAUUGUCAACUCCUCUACGACGGUAUUAUUGUCAACUAACUGGGAUGGAAGUGGAUUUUUCUGAAGGUUAUAGCUCAACUGCAAGUACUCCCCGCAAUUCAAAACCUCCAUUUUCAAAGUCUCCAAAGGUUGUCGAUCAAAGUCCUCCAAUGAUGAAUGGACCUCCCAACACAAGUCGAGCUCAGUAUGUGGAUUCGUUUGAGUUUGGCAUCAUCCCUAGUCAUGUUAUGAAGCAGAUCGGUGAUCAGGAAAAUUUUAAACUGCGUGCUCAAGGGGUAGAGGAGCUAAAGAAUUUGGUGAAGGACUUGCAAUCGACAGAUGUGACAAGCAAUCUUUUGCCACAUAUGAUGCCUUUCAUAAGUUUUUUAAGCAAUUUGCUUGAUGACUCAAACUUCAAAAUUACAACAGUGACGUUAGAAAUUCUUAAUAUUUUAGUUGAAAAGUUGGGACAAAAUGUGAAGCAGUACCUGAAACCAUUGUCUUCAACUUUGGCAAAGCGCAUGGGUGAUAACAAAAUUGUUGUUCGUCAGGCUGUGAUGAGAGUUGCAAUUAAAAUGAUGCAAAGCUAUCAGCCCAAACCUGUACUAACUGUGAUAUUUGAUAACAUCCAUCAUAAAAAUUCCAGAGUAAGACUUGACACUGUGAACAUUAUUAUAGCAGCCCUCCUCACUUUUCCCAGCUAUGACUUUGAUCUUCCCAGAAUUUGCCAAGUAGUAGCACCAGCCCUUUGUGACAACAAGAGGCAAGUGAGACAGGCAACAUUAGAAUGCUUAUCUGUGAUAGCCCAGGCCAUGGGACAGGGUCGUCUGCAACCCCUGGUCCAUGCAGUAGAUGGGGUGGAACUGAGCGCGGAGGGGGAAGGGGUGAUGGCAGCAGUCCAGGCUCGCUUAGCAAGACGCCAGCUCCCCAAACUGAAUCAUGAAGGAUUAGUGGAAUAUGCAAUGCCUAUACCGUCCUCAGCACAAAGUCGCACAGGAAACCAUGUCCAUGGAGCUGAUGUAGACUGGGUCCUAGCUGUUGGAAAUAGCGGAUCAGCAAGGCACAUUUCUAGGUCGGAUACGCUGGAGAUAGAAUCAGUAACUUCAUCAGCUAGAUCAACACCAGCAGUCAGCACCAUUGAGAAUGGAACCCCUGGCCCAAGCAGGCGAUUCAAAAGUGCAAGCAUGAGAAGCAACUUUCCUUGGGAAGAUGAGAGAGAUGCAAGAGAGAAGAGAAGUCAACAAGGAAGCAUAAAUGAUGGGCCCCCCAAACCUAUGCGAGCAACCUGGGCAGGAGAUGAAUCAACCGAAGUCAACCACACACCCAAGCAGCGGAAGCCGCCCCAGCGCCGCAUCACCGUGGUGGGCAUCAACGCUGCGGAAGAUCAGCAGUCACAGCAAGAAUCAGGAUCCUACAAACAAAUGCAUUUGAACAAGCUGAAGAAGAAUUAUGGCAGCACAGGAAAAAUCAACACAAAUACCAUUGGUGGACUAGAUUUAGCAGAAGUAGAGAGAGCUAAGACUAAAAAAGCAGUUGAUAGACCACCAGUUAAACCCUUUUUAGAGCUUCGUUCAUCAGAGACUGAUGUCGGAUCUCCUAACUUCUCUAACGAGGAUUCUUGGAGAGGAACAAAUGACGAGUCUCCGUUCCCAUCCAAACCAGCACUGGCUCGCUCCGCCACGCGUCGCCCCGCUAAGAGAGUUCCUCCGAUCGCUGCAGCACAGUCUGAGAGGUUCUCCUCCUCCAAAGAAGAUGACCAGGAUAGCGCUUACGAGGACUCGGUCGAACGGGGGCUCUAUGAUGAGUCCAAGUCAGAGAUGAUGAAGUACUUAAAAAGUCUGCGAGGUGGUGCCAAGAUGAUGAACUCCCUAAAGAGCAUACGAAGCAGUGCCUCAAAAAAGAAAGAGGAACAGAUAGAAAAGUACGGGAGUCACUCGCGGUCUAGUUCCCCCUCAGCCGAUUUACACGAGAGCGGAAUCUGGAGCACCAUCUCCUCUAACGGAGAGUCAGAUACAGGAUCUAUCUCUAAUCGAUCCAAGAAAAGUAAAAAAGCAGAGUCCCCAUUUGAGUCACGACCAAAGUUGGCCAGAACCAAUUCUUUCUCCAAGAAGAAACCAGAGAGCAGUCCCGAGGACUCGGGCAUCAGCAGUGCGGGGAACUCUGGUGUCAUAAGAAUAGACUAUAACCCUGCCAGUGGGGUCACAUUUAGGGAGAACAAGACAUCUAAUGUCCAGGUGGUGGGCAAAGGGUACAAUGACGAUCAGGAAGCCUUAGACAGGAGGGCUAGUGUGGGCGGGCUAAAUAAAGUCCGUGACAGACGGAGAAUGCAAAAAGGCCCCUUGUUAUCUCCCCUUGGUGUGGCCUCCAUGCACAGUUAUGGGGCUGUGGAGUGGGAUGACGAAAAAAUGCCUACCCAAGACAGUAUCGGUGUUGUAGGCAAGGGAAUGUUUGACUCGAGUAACGGAGCUGAACAUGCAGUGAAUGCUGGGAACUCCCAGUCGGGUGACCGACACGAUCGUAAACCCCCACGUAGCGAUCGCAAAGACUUCACUAGUGGGGUGGUGGGGAUCAGUAUUAACCGCCAGGGCUCCAACGAUGAACCGGGAAUGGAGGAAGCUGAUGACCUGUCUGUGGAAGAUGAUAACAGUAAAGCCAUGAGCAAAGCCAUGAAAGACAGACUAGCUAAAGCUCAGAGACAAAAGGAAGAAGAAUUGGAACAACAGAGAAUAGAACGGGAGAAGAAGAAACAGGAGCACGACGAAAAGUUACGAAAGGAAAGAGAGCGACAACAGGAGAAGCUAAAGAGACUGAAUACCAGUGAGAGUAUCCCUGUUACGACCCCGAAAAAGUCACCCUCACCCCGCAAGAAGGCAGGCAGUGGGCCACCUACCAUGAAUGGUAAUGCUAGUCACCCAGUGUCGGCCUCCUCUAAUGGUCUGUAUGAAUCAGAUAAUCCUAGUGACUGGCAACCAUAUAAAGAUCCAGAAGGGGCCAUUAGAGAAGCUCAUCAGAACCUCAACAGCAGUGAUUGGGAGGCUAAGUGCAGUGGUGUGAACACUAUCAGAAGACUGGUGAUGUAUCAUCCGGAGACGGUCAAUGUACAGCUCCACACUGUGGUGCUGGCCAUGUUAAAUGAGGUGAAAAACCUCAGAUCUCAAGUGUCCAGGUUGGCCAUUGUUGCUCUUGGGGAUAUGUUUACUAAUCUCAAGAAGAGUAUGGAUGCAGAUGUGGAGAUUACUGCCAAAGCUCUGCUAGCCAAAAAUGGAGAGAGCAAUGGGUUUAUCAGGGAGGAUGUAGAGAAGUCACUACAUGCCAUGGUGGAAUUCAUUACUCCACAGAGGAGCUUGUUGGCACUGAUUGCUGGUGGUGCUACUCAUAAAAAUGUGCAAGUCAGGAAGACAACAUCUCGCUUUGUUGUGGAGUUGGUGGAGAAGAUGGGCCCGGGGCGUAUUCUGAGUGGGGUUAAAGAUGUUACAGACAGGGUGCUGCCCACUGCAGCUCACUUUGUCAUGGAUGCCUCACAAGAAACGAGAUAUAAUGGAAGGAGAAUUUUGUACACUCUGAUGGUCCAUCAGGAUUUCAAUAAAAUGUUGUCAAAGCACUUGCCAGCCAACACUCUCAGGAAUAUUCAAGACAUUGUAGAAGGAUUGAAAACUAAGGGCCUUGGGGAUAUGCCACACGAAGCUUCAUCUGCUAGGGGUGGUAGAGGGCCGGCAAGUCGCGCUAGUUCAAUAGUCCGGGGAGGGUCUGCCAACAGCGAGCUGCAACACAGCACUCCGUCCAAACGGCUUCUCCGCACAGAUGAUGCUACCCAGGAGGCAAUCAAAAACAUGACAAAUCUAAUCUCAGCCAACGACUGGAGGGAUCGUCACAAAGGCAUUUCUAUGUUGCUGGAGAUGUGUGAGGAAAACACAGACGUAGUCGUCAUGAAUAUUGUCAAGAUUUUUGACAAAUUCCUGCCUCGGCUACAGGAUCCCAACAGUAAAGUGAACUUGUUUGCCCUGAGUGUUAUGUUACAGAUUGUUCCUAUACUGAGGGACUCCCUGACACAGGUCAUGAGUAUGGCCAUUGGAAACAUUGCUCCCAAUCUAUCAUCUAAAAACAAAGAGAUUUACCAAACUGCAAUGGAAAUCAUCAACUCAUUAACCGAACACUUAGAUGGCGGCCAGUUACUUCAACCCUUGGCCAAUCAGGCCCAGUCAGCCAGUGCCAGGAGUAAACCUGAUCUAGUGACUAAAGUGGCAGAACUGGUGACAAAGGUUUACCAGCGCAAGCAGAAACAGGUGGUGCUACAUGUGUUGCCUCUCUUAUGGCACCUAUUGGGGGCCACAAACAGUAGUGGGGCAGUUCAGGGGGGUAGCUCUAGCAUUCGUACAGCGACUGCCACCCUGGUGAAUUCUCUUUAUAAUCAGAUGGGGCCGGCCUUGUUAGAGAAAGCAACUUCUGACCCCAACGUAACUCCACGCCACCUACAGUUGCUUCAGGAAAUGAUAGAUAGGUAAAAGAAGAUAUCUACACUGUGAUAUAUGUUUUUAUUUCUGUUAUUUAUGGGACUAGAAUGGCCAGAGAUGUUUGUUUUUUGGAUUACAGGCCUGUAUUUUGUUGUUUUGCAUUUUUUUAAACAUCUAAAAUCUAUGUAUUUUGUGUGAAAGUAUUUUCAGGAUAGUGUACUAUUGUGUUUUCAGAUAUUCAAUGAAUCACUUUUUGAUCUCUGUUUUGAUUAUAUUUUUUUAUCAUAAAUUUUUACUGUCAAAUGAAAAUUGUCACAGAUUCACCACAUUGAAAAUUCCUGUGAACCUAAAAAUGAAACUUUGGCCCCCAUUAUUGAGUUUUUAGCUUUGAUGUACUGUGAUUUUCUCCGUUGUCUAGGAGAACCUGUUGUUAACCUAUUGUAAUAGGUAAAGAUAUAUAUUAGAUGUACAGUUAGUUUUUAAUAUUUAUACAUUUUCGUGUGAAUGUGAUGAAAUCAAGUGCUACUGUGAUUGGGAUGUGAAAGUGAUUUUUAUUUUAUUUUCCUUUUAUUGAGUAUGUAAAUAAUUUAUAAGUGAACCAGAUAAUUAUUAAGCCCAUGUAGCUUGUCUACAUAUUAUUGUGUUAUUAAAAAUCAUGUGUUGUUGUUAUUGAAAACUAUUUAUUUUUGUAAGUGCAAAUGAAAUGUUGACUUGUUUGCACUGUUUCUUUGUUGAUGUACAGCCAAUGCAUGAUUUCUUCCUAUACGUAUAUAAGUGUACAUGAAAAAGACCUAUCACGGACAGACAUUUUUUUUGUAUAAGUAGCUGACCAUUUUUUGUUUUUAGUGGAGAAAAUUAGAAUAGCAUAAUAUGCAUGUAUCGUCAUUUAAAAAAAAAGAAACUCGUAAGCUGAAACAACAUGGAAUGUGUUUUUUAUUUUCGCUUUUUUUGUAAAGAAUUGUUGCUAGCAUUCCAGAGUUGCAUUUCUCUCUUUCGUUUUUGUAAGUGUAGUCACCCAUCCCCCCUCAGCAUAGUGAAAAUGACCAAGUGGGUUUCUCACGGCGUUAGAUGUCAUAUUGCUUAUUCCCCCUGUCAAUAUCUAUAGGAAUAUAUAUCUCAUCUAAACCGUCCUGUAUAUUAAUCCAUAUGUCAAUUUUGUGCCCUAUUGGCAAAUAUAUUUAGUUUUGUAUGACAACUUAUAUUUUAAGGAAAUACCAAGAUGUUUUAUUUUACUGGAAAUUUUCUUUUCAUCUUUACUAUGACUGUUGAGAUGUUUAAUGUCAAAAACACCUUGCAAGAGAGACACCUUUUAGUCACAGUAUUAGAACAUAUAUAGGCAGUUCUCUGCAGUCUUUCUGUAAAGUGUUGUUGUCUUGGUAAGAACCUAUAUUAAAAUAUAGUCACUAAGGUUGUUAUAAAUAUGCCUUGUUUGGAAAUCAUUAAAGGGAAUUUGUUAGUGACUACAUGUACUUGUGCAUAUAUAAAUGUGUCGACCAUUUUAUACUCCUUUUAAAAACCAACAAAUUCAAGUUUUUAUUUCAUUUGCUAGUCACAUCGGGGAUAACACGAAAAGUUUAUAACUGAAUUUGGGACAGUUGAUAUUUUUUUUUUUAUUUUAAAAGGAAAAAGCUGUGUUUGUCAAAUCCGUCCAAUAUUUAUUUAAGAGAAUGUUUUUGUUCACUUACAUGUACCAUAUCAUUCUGUAUAUACCACUGUAUACAAAAUAUCAAUUUAAUUUAUUCUCGAAUGAAUGUUCAUGGAGGAUCUUCUGCUCCGGCAGAUGAGCACUUGUUGAGAGAAAUUCAUAUCACAGGCUGAAUCCACACAAAAUAAAGAUAAAAUAAAGUGUGAAUUUUGUUCCUACUUCACUCAAGUAUCCACAGUUUCAAAUUGCUUGAUAGAAAGAAACACACGCACACAAAAAUGAAUCUGCCAGAUGAAUUUCCUCCAUUUAUAUUCAUUCAGUGUUAAUUUUUUUGACAAAAAGCAAUUGUUAUCAUAAUCAGUAUUAUGUUUAAGUAUAGAAACUUUGGCUGUUGGGAGUUAAUGGGGGAUGGAAAAUUCUCAUAGUAUUACAUUGUACAGGAGGAGUUCCACCCCCUUAAUAUGGCAUUUAACUGGAACUGGGACAGACCCCGAUUGACAAGGAAUAAUGAUGGUUUAACAUGAUUGUCUGUAGAGUAGAUAUUCUUGUGCAUAUGACAGUAUGUGCUUGCUCAAAUCAUUCCAUCCAUCUUCAUUUGGGCUGUGUUGGCUAUUGAAAUACCAAAUAAAAUAUUCAGUGAA